GUAGUAAACGCGAGCGCAGUAACAGUUCCGGUGAUGAAAAAGAAGCGCUCUUCUUAGGGGACUGGAAAAUUAAUUUCUUUUUUAAAAUAUUUUUUUUCAGAUAUAUAAAAUAAAAUUAUCAAUUUUUUUCUGAAGGAUUUACAGUAAUAUUAAAAAGACUUUCCAAAAUGUGGAAUUCUCUGGGAUUAACUAUAGUGACAAUCUGUGUGUGUGUGCAUCAGUUGUCGGCUCAGCAGCAACAAAAACUGUUAGCCAUCAAUGGACAUUUGAAAAACAUUAUAGCUAAUGCUCAGAUGUUACAAGCUGUUGUUCAAGCUGAAUUGGGACAAAACAUUCCUAACCCUCCUGUAAAUACUAAUGCAGUAUAUUCCAGUUUCCUCGAGGAGGUCGAACUUAGACUCAAAGCGCUAGAAGAUAACACUGCUCAACUGCAGAUGCGUAUGGGAUCUUCCAAUCCCAGCUGCCCACAAGCCACCCCUCCUCCUCCACCUACAAAUGUCGUUGUGGAGUCAGCCACAAUGGACAAUGUGUCCUCCAUCGUCGUUCGGUGGGACCCUCCCAAUCCCGUCCCAGACAAUCUCCAAUACAAGGUCUACUUCUCCGCUGUGGACGAGACAGGGUACCAGCCCCAGGGUGAGGUCGUCUUCAGGAUUUGUGACUCUACCCAGACUAGUGCUUCCAUCACGGAUCUUGCCCCACGUUCCAAGUAUCAAGUCCGUAUUGGAACCGUUGCUGGCAUUGUUUCUGAAUCUUCCAGUGCCCCAGAAUUUGUGGAAACUCCAGAUAUCAUUCCAAGCGCACCAACGAUAAUGGUAAUCGAACCCAAAAACCCUAACACCGUGUACUUACAAUGGGAUCCCCCCGUAGUCGCCGGAAGAAUUACCGAUUACGUUAUCUAUUAUAAAGAAGAUGGAGAUGCUACUGAAAUGAUGGAGGUUGUAUCCCAGCAACCUAAUAUGAAACUUAGCUUCUUUGUCAAUGACCUGUCUGAAGGUACCAGAUACGUCAUGCAGGUGGCAGCACGAUCGAACAACGGAGAGGGUGACAGGAGUAUUCCAAGGGAGGUCUUCACGAUCGACUUCAACCCACCUCAUCCACUGAACUUGAAUUGUACAUCUCUGAACAAAACAGCGGUCAUUCUCACCUGGGAACCACCUGUUCUUCUUCCCACGGAUGGUAUUAUCCGCGGGUAUAAUAUAAAUUACACAGAUAGCAGGUACAGAGAAUUCUAUCUUUACAAGUCAAAGGAUGCCACGGUGACGCAAGCUGUAAUCGAUGGCCUUGAACCUGCCACUGUCUACUACUUCCAAGCGUCUUCAAGAACCAGAAAAACGUUUGGAGGAGGCGGAGCUGUAGUCAUGUGUCAAACAAAGGCUGAUGUACCGACGGCUCCCAGGAGUGUCCAACUUGAAUUAUCCCGUGCUGAUCCCCCACAACUGACGAUGAGGUGGAUUCCCCCACAACAUACUUACGGACCUCUAGUGAACUACACACUUCAUUGGGGAGUUAAAAACGGCGCUUUACGGAAAGAAAAAAUUGAUCCAACCAGAUUAAGAUGGAUUUCCGAUUUCUUAGAUGAUGACACAGUCCACGAAUUUAAACUUUAUGCUGUUAAUAAUGUUGGGUUUGGAGAACCAGCUAUUCAAGUUCGUAAAACACCAAAACGAGAGACUAUAGUACCACCAAAUGUUACUGUCGAUCGAGUGAAGGGAGAAAAUAACACCACAAUGCUAAGAGUUAAAUGGGAUCCACCUCUUCAACCUGUUAAAGGAUACGAUAUUCUAUACAGAAAGUUUGAAUGGGUAUACAGUGGUAGAUGGGCGCUAAAAGAAAUUGGCGAUCCUACUGCUCUAAUGACAGAAAUUAUUGUCAACAAACCAGAGAACUCAUUUAUUGUCGUUGUACAAGGCAAACCCACUAGACGACAAGCCCCUCAGUUUCAACAAAUGAAUCCAUUCGGAAAUCCCAUGGGAGGAAAUAUGGGACAACCCAUGAAUAGGGGAGGUCCAUCCGGUGCUAUGAUGGGAGGACAGAAUCCAUUUGCAAAUGGCAAUGUUCGAAUGCAAGGUAACCAACAGCCUGGGCCGGCUGUUUCGAUGUCUCAGCCUAUGAUGCCAGGGCAACAAGGAGGCUUUUCGCAAAAUUUUAGGCCUUAAGCUAUAGAGAUCUAGAUAUGGGUAAUCAUCAAAUCAUUAACUUUCCCGGAGUCUGAAAAUUACCCCAUUAAUUUCAUUUAUUCUACAAAUGAUGUCAGACACGUACAGUGUAUAUAUUCUACUGGUGAUAUAAAUCAGUGUCCGAGAGUAUAAUUUUAUGUGGAGUUUUAAAUGGAGUUACCUGACUUGAACCAGACCCGAGUAAACUCAUGAACGAGUUAACUAGAAGUAUUAAAAAUUUGUGGUGCAUAAUUGACC